UUGCAGGGCUGUGAGGUAAACAAACCACCGGAAGCCAUUUGAUGUUAGCCCAGACAUGGCACUGGUUUUCAAGCAUUUUUACUCAAAAUGACAGGACCUGUUUCCAAGGAAAUAUAAGACACCAGGCAAUACAUUUGGAUGUUUACGGGGGAUGAUGGAUAACCACAAGAGUCACGUACCCUGUCAGUCGUGGGCCGGCCAGCAUGGCUGGUCCUCUACUUCAACUCAAGGACCCCUCCUUGACACUCUGCCCAGCUCUCAGCAUCAACACCUGGGCUCAUCGUCUGACCAGAGGCCCUUCUACCAGCACCAGCAGGAGUCAGAUCAGAGUUGUAUGAGAGACCCCGGCACCAUAUUAUCCGGAAACACCACUCUCCACUCAGCUCUGUACAAAGCCUCUCACAUCAGCAGCAAUCCGUCAUCAAACACGCUGUUUGCCAACACUGCCACCCCGAGUUCCUCUCACAUUAAUCCCUUUGCCCAGCAAAACCCUCACACCUCAUCAAUGGUGCUCAGUGCAAACCAAGGAAAAAACAUCCUCCUACCAUCUCUUCCCCAAACAAACCAAUCUCCACAGCCUUGCAGGCCCCAACAUCCACCGCUGCAUUCCCCCCACGAUCUUUACAAAGCACCAUUUCAACCUCUAUUAACCAAUCAGGGUUUACCCGACAGACUUUUGCCCAUUAGCCUGCCACCAUGUGGACAACAUGUAAGUACAUCUCAAGCUACUUUUGAAGGAGUGCAUGCUGAGUUUGCUGGUGUUGCUGGAUACACUCAUAGCCAUGCUUCAUCCAUGUCUCAGGAGCAGCGUCAGUGGAUACCUUCGUCAAACUGCAUGGGAGCUGUACAGGAGUCAGUCCCUGGCGCUGCUCUUCCAAACAACGUGCCAUCGCAAGAGGGAAACAUGAGCUCACCGGCCAGCUAUGAGAGACAACGUUCGGUGCUUUUGCAACAGCGGGCACAACUUCUUCACCAAGUGGCACAGUUGGAUAAACUUCUGGAAUCCAUAAACCCAGAGGAAGGCAGUGGUGGGCAGUCUCCACAUGCAGCUAUUCAGCCUCCACCACCAAUGGAAAAAUCAUCUCAAUUUGAACAAACUAAGACCAGCGGUGCACAGCAGGUUCAACUGCAGUCAAAGCCGCAUAUAUCAACGGAUUGUUCAUCGCCUGCAUCCCAUGAAGAGCCAAUGCCAUCUAAUGCCAAAUCAGAGGAAAAUGAGUCAGCUGAGUCAGAGGUUGACAGUGACUCUGAUUACUUGCCUGACAGUGAUGCUGACUUAUUUGAUUCCCCAUUCCACUCUGAAGGGAGCUCUUCAGAUGAAUUCAGUCACAUCAAACCCUCGACCCCUACAAACCAAAAACCGUCUCUGACAGAAAAAAAAGAAGAUGAAUCAGAAAGCUCUAUGUCCGAGGACAACACUGACAGUGACCCAAAACAGACUCCUGCAAUUACUCAGAAAGAAAAGUCUUCUGACACUGUAGUGUUGCCAUGUUCAAGUUCUAAAGGAAGACGUGUCUAUGACAAAAGGAAUUAUUGUUUAUACUGUGCUAAGCCAGUAUUUAAAUUGUCACGACAUCUUGAAAGGAACCACAGUGACAAAAAAGAAGUCGCAGCUGCAUUUCAAUACCCCACAAAAUCAAAAGAAAGACAAAGGAUAUGGAACAGAAUAACAAAUCUAGGAAACUUUGCUCAUAAUAAGGAUGUCUUGAAAUCAGGAAAGGGCCAACUUGCUGCCCGAAAAAGGCCGAGCCAAACUAAAAAAGCCAAAGACUUUCUCCAUUGCCUUCACUGUCGAGGUCUUUUUCUGAAGAAACCUAUGUACAGACACAUGAAAGUUUGCCCAGAGAGAGUGAAGAACGAGACUGUGUUUGGAAGAAAGAACAUCGCAUCUCGGUGUGCACUUCAAACUUUAGGAGACCUUAGCAUUACUGAUGGUUUUAGGAACAUUCUGUCCGAUAUGAUAUACGACGAUGUGACGCAAACUGCCAUGGAAGACGAAGUUCUCUUGCAGUUUGGCGAGCUUAUGUUCACUCAUCACGGAACUGAUCCGAAAAAACACGAGUAUAUAAGACAAUACCUUCGACAGUUAGCAAGACUUGUACUAGAAGCUAAAAAAAUCACCCCUCUGGAGAAACUGAAGGACUUUUUUCUCCCUUCGUGCUUCCCACAUGUGGUGUCUGCAGUAAACGUUGUGGCAGGCUACAAUGCGGAAAACAAAACAUACAGCAAUCCUUCACUUGCCAUCAAGCUUGGCUACCACCUACAGAAGGCUUGUGGUAUUGUUGAGGGGAAUGCAGUAAAGUCUGGUGAUGAGAGAUCAGCAGAGUCUGCGAGAAACUUCCUCUCUCUGUACAAGAGAAAAUGGAACAAGCAUAUUUCUGCAGGUGCAUUAACAGCCAUCAAGAAAACCAAACUGAAAAGAGCAAAGAAGGUGCCGUUUGCUCAAGAUGUGAUGCGCCUGAAUAUCCACGUGGAGAAUGUUCAUCUUCUUGCUGAAAAAAACCUCAGAGAAAGCCCUUGUACAGAAAACUAUGCUGCUUUGGCCAAUGUAAUACUCUCCCGGACAAUAUUUUUCAACAGGAGAAGUGUUUUAGAGGUAUCCUCAGUGGAACUAACAGCUUUUGAGUCGCGUCAAAAGUCAAACUUGCAAGACGGCAUGGAUAUAUCCGUUACCGAUUUGGAAAGAAAAAUGUGCAGGUUCUUUGUCAGAAUCAACAUACAAGGGAAGUGCGGCAGAACGGUUCCAGUUUUACUCAAACCAUCACUUGAGUCAGCUAUAGAGCUUCUCGUAAAGGUACGUGAGACAUGUGGAGUCCCCAGUCAGAAUCCUUACCUGUUUGGCCGACCCAAUGCUCUGACUGCCUACGCCGGGGCACAGUGCAUCCAGAAAUACGUCAAAGAAUGUGGCGCUAAAGACCCUGCAGCUCUGACAUCCUCAAAGAUCCGGAAGCAUUACGGGAAAAUGCUACAGCUGAUGAACCUGAAUGAAGAUGAGGCCGACCAAAUUUUAGGCCCCAACAAUCAAGUCCGCAGCCUUGGACAGCAGCUGGAUGACGUUGAAAUACAUUCAGAUGAGAGAGGACAACAAGCGGCAUCAUGGGAUUACAAUAAGCCUUCCGGUGCAGGCUCUGAACCAACAAGCACCAACGUGACUGUAACUUCAAAAUAUUUCGAAUCAGACAAAAAAGGCUCCAAAAUUAAGGGCAAACAUAAAUGGGAGGAAGCAGAGGUUCUUGCUGUUGAAAGACACAUGAUGGGGUUAAUUAAAGAGUACAAGGUGCCUCAGAAGGACGAAUGUGUUCAGUGUCUGGAAGCUGAGCCAGCACUGAGGACCCGUUCAUGGAAAGGUGUAAAGGACUACGUCAGAAACAGGAUCACUGCCCUAAAAAGGACCCCAAAACAGUAACUGAUCUAGGCAAGUAGAACCACAGCAAAGUAUUGAACAUUUUCAACCUUUAUUUGGUCAAUGGCAAAAUCAAGCAAUUUUUUCCUGUUCCAUUUGCUUAUCCCUGCCACCCUCUGUUCCUCUUUGUUUUGUAUUUGUUCAGUCACCAUCGGGGUGUCUUAUGUGACAUGGUGAGCGUUUACAUCGGUUAGGAUGACCAAGAAUAGAUUUACAUUUCUAUUUUUUCUAUUUUUGUUAAUUGUAAUUCUCUUACUUUGUAUCAUUACAGGUUGUCAUGUGUUCUGUUUCAUGUUAUUAAGUUCAUUUGGAAAGAGACAGAUCAUGGAUAUUGACAAAUAAGUAAUGAGCUGGUUAGUAAGUUAACUUCGGUGACCACCAGGUUAUCUUGUAUACUGUAUUUUGUUAUUCUCUUUGGUAUGCUGGUAUACUGUAUUUUGUCAACUUUGCAUAUCAACCUUCCAAUAAACAAAAGUUUAUGUGUGAAAAAA